UGCGCUAUGGUUUCGGCAAUUGUUAUUGCAAACACAUGGAUCACCAAGGUCGCGUGUGUGCCUUUGUGCUUAAGUAUGCACCGCAUAGGGAAGGGAGGACCAGCCACGUCCUGCCGUAGCAUCUCGGAACAAACAUAUGGGUGUGGUCUAGCUAGGACAGAGCAUAUCUUUUUUUUGCUACGGUAUGGGCACAUGAGCAUAACAACAUCGCUAGAGAGAUAGAAAACGGCUUCUAUACAAACUUGUGUUUGUGUUUGUGCCACAAGGGGCGAUGGACCCAUUUGAUGAGAGAGAGGAAGAGAUAAGGAUCAAACACCUCUCCACUGGCUACUGAAGGCUAGUUUCUUUCGUCCUGCAAAAUCCUGCAAAAUAAAUAAAUAGGAGGCGGUAAAAUAA